AGCAAACAUCUAAAAAAAUCACACCUUAUUUCCAAAGGUCCUCACUACUGCUUUGUUAGUUUUCCCUCUGUCUUUCUUGCUCAAACCCUAGAGUGCGAAGAUUGGGAAGCUCCGGCGAGGGACGCCACACCGGUGGGUGGUCGAUUCUUUGGUGCCGCAUGUUCCAAAUUUUCCCUCUGUAGUUGCUACUGAUCUGAUUUAUGCCUUCCUUGCUCGAGCUGCCGUGUUUUGUUCUUGUUGUUCUGCUGCGUUGAUAUCGUAGACCUAUUUGAAGUUAGGCAAGAUGAUGGUGAUGACGAUUUGCAUUGGGAUUCACUUGAGUAUGAAAUCCUUAAUGAAGAGGAAGAAGAAGAAUUGGAGGAAGAGGAAGAGGAAGAGGAAGAGGAAGAGGAAGAAGAAGAGGAAGAGGCAGAAGACUAUGAUGAUGAUGAGGAAGAGGAAGAAGACCAUGAUGAUGAUGGUGAUGAUAGUGCUGAUGACUUAUAGGUGUCGAGGUGGUUUAAAUGGGAGAGGUCCCAUUGUUCGAGGACCCCGCAAAGUUGUUGAAACACGUGACUUUACAGAAUCGCAUGCAACAGAAAACGCACUAGAAAAUGCAACAACAGAAAUAGAACACGCAAGAAAUCAGCAAAGUGAGACUCAUAUUAGGAGUGAUGAACAGCUUACCAAUGGGGAUCUUGAUAGAGGCAUAACUGUAUCAGAUGACAGGGGUAAUCCUCAGGCGAAAUUAGUUUUGGACCCUGAUAAAUUAUGGUUUGUCCAUCGUGAUGUAGUUGAUGUAGUAGCGGAGACAUCGUAUAAGACAUACUUCAAGGGACCUUACUACAAUUGGGGUAUGACUCCACGAGAAGUCAAGGAAAGAUGGUGGAAUGCUUUCAAGCAAGAGUUCUCUUGGGAUCCAUCGGUAGCUUCACUGGUAAAGAAGGAAUGGCAAUCAAAAUGUGCGCCUUAG